GGCACAUCCUCCUCGGGAACAGCACGAGGUGCAGCAGCUUCUGAGACUUAAGGGUUGGAAGUUGACAUCUCUAUGCGCAUCUUUAUGGCUUCUUCAAGUAGGAAAGCCAUAGAUAUGCGAGCUAGAGCGGCCAACUUUCAACCCCCUAAGAGACGUCAUCGCAAUCGAGCAGCGCACGAAGGCCCCGCCCGACUCCUCUGUCGGAUGAUGCAGGACUUUUGCCCGGUAGUCACCCUGACUGGUUUCCGCUUCCAUGUCGUUCACCUCUCACC